GUAACGAGUCGCAAUAUAGUUAGUUAUCGACCACAAGCACUGACAAUCGAUAUUUUAUUGAGUGUCAACAAAAUGACCGAGUUUUGGAAAUCAAAUGAGCGCAAGUAUUGCGACUUCUGCAAGUGUUGGAUUAGUGAUAACAAGACGAGCGUUGGAUUCCAUGAAAAUGGCAAAAGACACAAGCUCAAUGUGGCGAAAAGGAUUACAGAUAUUAGUCGCAAGAGCGAGAAGGAUGAGCGGGAGAAACAAAAGAUGGACGCUGAGAUACGCAAAAUGGAAGAAGCGGCCAUGAAAUCGUAUUCUCAAGACUUACACGGGCGUUAUGGAGAUAUGACAGCUAGGUCCAUCAACACAGUAAUGAACGCUACUGCGACUUCAUCCAGCAGUAGCAGGGUGCAGCAUGGUUCAACGCGUCAACGCCAAGUCGAUCCUAUGCGCUGGGAGGGCUUGGCAUCAGAUGACGAGGAGGACAAUCGUCGUGUUGGUGUUGACAAAGUUGCCGCGGAUGCUGCACCACAAGCAUCGUUGUGGGUCGAGGGCAAGUCAGAUGAGGGGCAUACGUAUUACUGGAAUGUCAAAACAAAUGAAUCCGUUUGGGAGCCACCUAAGGAGGGGUUCCUGUCGUAUGAGGAGUAUGAACGUAUCAAUCAGUUGGCUGUAAAUCAGCAGGAGAUUAUGCAGGCGGAAGAGUCGCUACGAUGUCGAGCAAAUGCUGAUGAAGAGGUGGCACGUUACAAUCGGGAACGUCAUGCAUUGCUGUACCGUAAACCUGAAACGGCCAAGGAAAAGAAACAAAAAGAGGAAAAGCGUCAAGAAUUUAAAACUGAAGAAGAUGCGGCUACCAAAGAAAUCGGCCGAUGGCAGGCGGUGCAAGCAAAGCCAGAAGUUGCUCCCAUUGAUUGGGAACUACCAAGGACACUUUAUACGGAAAUAGCACCUGUCGUAAAUGUACCGGAAUAUGAACCACCUGUAAAGCGUUUUAAAGAAAAAACCAUAACAAGCUUGGAUGAUGAACCCUCAACUUCCAGUGCGCCAGCCACAUUCAAAAAACGCAAAUUUGCAAACAAAGGCAAUGCGCGCAAAGCUUUAGAUGACUAGACAAUUGAUAUAUAUUAAAGUGUUAACUAUCAAAUUAAGAAACAAAAUA